AACUACAACGGUAACUGUUCAUCCACUUUGGAGUUGAUUACUGCCUGGACGUCAGUCUGACUAUUACCCUGUCUGAAAAACAUCAUUUUUCUGUAGAUCUACAGUAUGCUGUCAGGAGCCUGUUGAUCAGAAAGGAUGUCAUCAGACUUCUACUCGAACGAUGGUUUGUUGGAGACGAGGUCCAUCCCCCUGGACAUCGAUAACAUCCACAUGGUUCUGCAAGUGGAACAACAGCAAAUCCAGAAGAGAACUUUCACCAACUGGGUCAAUGCUCAGUUGGCAAAGCGGAGGCCGCCAUCAACGAUAAGAGAUUUGUUCAAUGAUUUCCGGGAUGGUUCCAAGCUGUUGGACCUGCUGGAGGUGAUGAGUGGUCAGUCCAUUAAUCGGGACAAAGGCAGAGGAAUGUUUCAACACAGGAGCAACAUUGAGAAAGCAAUUUCCUUUCUGAAGAAAAAAUCGAUCAAAUUAGUCAACAUAAACACUCCUGAUAUAAUUGAUGGCAAACCCUCCAUCAUCUUGGGUCUAAUAUGGACAAUUAUCCUUCAGUAUCAUAUUGAAGAGUUGGCCAGCUGCCUCUCAUUUGAUUCCCGUCAGUCGUCCAUGGAGUCUUUGGCCAGUUUGGACAGUCGCUCCACGCUCUCGAGCCGCUCAGCCAGCAAUAGCCCUGUUCCUCCCAAAGGCUCUCCUUUACACAGCCGCUUUCGAGUUUCUGCUAAGAAAGCCCUGUUGCUAUGGGUCAGAGAGCAGUGCCACAGAGCUGGCUGUUCAGUAAGCAUAAAAGACUUCAAGGCAAGCUGGAGGAGUGGUGUGGUCUUUCUCACAAUCCUGAACACCCUCAGACCCAACUUGAUAGAUCUUUCCAAAGCUAGAACCAGGAGUAACAAGCAGAACCUUGAGGAGGCCUUCCACGUUGCGGAGACAGAGUUUAGAAUUCCAAGACUGCUGAAUCCCAAUGAUGUGGAUGUCAGAGACCCAGAUGAGAAGUCCAUCAUGACCUAUGUCGCUCAGUUCCUGCAAUACUCUAGAGAUGUGGCUGCCCAAGAAGAUGAGAUGCAGUACCUGACUCCUCUAGAAAGCCCCUCACCUAUCAACAUGCCUGUUCACUACACUCCUGCUAUUUCUGCUUCACCUCUUCAACAGGCGACACCUGAUCGCAAUGCACAAGAAGUGACUUGCUGGCUUGUCCAGGCCUUUGAUGAGCUGUUGGAAGGAUGGGACUCCACAGAAGGAGAAAGCUACUCUGAGCGAUACCAUGUUUUUCAGACCUUUCUUGUGUCCUUUAAUGAGCAGCGUAGGCCCAUCAUGCCUUUACUGACAGCAGUGAGACGCACUCCAAACAUAAGCCAGGAUCAACGGUCUCUUAGGGAAGCAUGGGAAUGCCUCAGUGAAAAGCUGCGAAAAUUCAAAGUUGAGUUAGACAGGAGCCUUCCUGCCCCUCUGGAUACUGUAGCUGGAUGGUUGCUGAGAACAGAGGGAGCUCUGGCUGAAGAACAAGGUGACUCUCAGGAUCAUGGCUGUGCUGCCGAUGAAGCAAGGGAGAAACAGGAGCUUCUCAAGAUUUGUUUAGAGGAGAUGCCACAGCAAUUGAAAAUCUUCCAGUCCUUCCAAAACCUGGAUGACUUUGGAAACAUGAUGGUUCCAUCAGACAAGAUUGAAGAACUAAAGAGGAGAUUCACCAAUGUGAGAGUGACUGCUAAGUACCAUGGGAUCAAGCUGGAAUACAAAGAGUACCGGCACACAGUUCUGGAUCUAUUGGGACAGAUCACGGCCAAGCUCUGCAUCUCAAAGAGACUCUUCAUUUCUCCUGAAGCUGUCAGAGUGUUGCUACAAGAAUGGGACGAAAUGAACAAACAGGAACUCCCCUCUUUGCUUGAAGCCGCACUUCGCAAGCUAAAGCAGAUUUCUGAGAAAUAUUCAAGCAAAUCUGCUCUCGCUUCAGAUUACCACCAUGUGAGUCAGCAGGUGAAGCAACUUGAGAAGAACACUGCUGUUGUUUUGGAGGAGGUGUCAUCUGCCAAGAUCCUGAUGGGCCGGAUUCUGUCUGCCUGGGACUCAUACAUUGCCUGUUUGAGUUCCCUUCAGGCUUGGCUUGAACAGAGCUCUGCAAUGAACAAUCAAGGCAGAAUAUUAAUGGUAACAUCUGAGUCGAUGAGUGAGUGGGGCUCUAGGCACGCCCAUUUAAAUGAGGUGGCUAAUUUCCUGAUGGAGUCAACAGACCCUCAGACCAGUAGGGGUCUGGCAGAAGAGCUAUGGAAACUCAACAAGCACUGGGCAGAGUGUGUCAAAGAAAACACUUUGGAGAACACAACAUCGCCCCUUGCAGAUUUGCCAACCAACUCUCAGGAUCUCCAAUAUUUGAUAAAAGAGGCUACUCUGAUUCUUAAAGAGCCUCUAGAAGCAAUGGCAGGUCCUUUGAGAGUGCACAGGAAUCACUUACAGCUCAUGCUAAGGAAGAUAAAAGAAGUAAAUCUUGGGGCUCUAAAGCCAUCUGCAGAAUGUCCACUGGAUCAGCUUCAGAAACUUAGACAUGCUAUACCUGAAGUAAUGCAAACCUUAUUUGAAGCUGAACAAGUUUGUGCAGAGCUCCAGCAUAGUGUGUAUGGGUUGGACACAAGACUAGCUGAACUUCUACUCUGGGAAAUGGAGGCCAGGGAGCUGUAUGAGGUGCUGAGGGCCAGAGAUAAACAACAAAAACUACAGGGCCAGGACCCAAAAGCUAGGGUCGUCAUUUCCCGAGGUCUACAGCUGGAGGGCCAGGUGGUCACAGAGGAGCAAGACCUGCAGGUCAUAGUUAUGACUAUGCAGAAAACUACGCCUAUUCAGUACCUUUAUGCCUCUGCAAUGCAGAAACGAGUUCAAAAUGCUGUUGCCCAGUCCCAGGAAGCUAUUGGUUUGCUCAGUAGUCUCGGUGCAAGAAGGGACAAAAGCAGAAGCCCCCCAGAAGCCAGUCCUCCAUCAAAAAAUUUAAUUCAGGCUAAAAUAAUGUCUCAACACUUGAGGCAGUCAGAGACAAGGAUGCCAACUCAUCAGUCAGAGACAAAUGGCAUUUCAAAUCACAGUGAAGAAGCCUCUGUGCCAAAGAUAGUUGUACAAGAAUACAGAGAAGAAAAGAUAAUGUCUCCAUCACUGCCAAAUACCUAUGCACAAGUUGUAAUACAGAUAGAGAGCCAAACUCAGACUUGCCAAGAUGCCAAUGCACAAAAACACCAGACAAUUCAAGAUACUAGUCAGAUACCUCAGCAGCAACCACAACAGGACCUUAGCAAAAAAAAUGAGCAAGAAAAACAGCAGCCAUUUAAAUACAAACCAGAGCAAAAACUAGAAGAGAACAAAGAGCAAGGGUUGAAUCUAGAACAACCACGACCAUGUCAGGAUAAGCAAGAGGAACAAGAUGGUCUUGAAACAAUUUGCCAGUUUCAAGUGAAACAACACACACUCCCAAUUGUAAAAGAAGAAACAGUUUUUAAACAGGCAGCUGAGGAGAUUUUAUAUCAGCAACCAGCUCCAAAGAAAAAGUCUCUGAGUUCACAAGAACUUCAGAGCAGAAAGGCUCAGGCCAUCAAGAACCGUCCAUGGCUUCAGAAAGCAGCCUGUCCAGAAAAGAAAAGUCCAGCUGCUUCUCAAAAGGAUUCUAGACAUGAUCCUUUUCAGAUGAGACAGAUCAAAUCACAGUUAAAAAGAGAAACAAAAGGUUCUGCUCCAUUAAUGUAUGUUUCGCAACCUACAUUAACUGGUAAGACACCCCUUGAAUUCCAAGUGAAGGUGACUAAGCAAACACAAGAACAAAAAGAACAAUACCAGUCUGCAAGGGAAUGGCAGCAACAAAAGAAACAGUCUCAAGACUAUAAAAAACAACCACACCCACCUAUUAGACAGAUAGAACCUGAUUCGGGCACCAACAAUAAAUGUCAGAUCCAGUCUUAUACAAAAUCACAUGUCAUAAAUCAGUCAGAACCAAAUGUACAGAUUAAUCUUCAGUCAGUACCACAGGUUCAAAUCCAGUCCAGAAGUUUGGUUUACUCUUGUGCAGAUGGUCCAAAACCACCAACAACCAUGUCCCAAACCAGAAUCAGUCAGUCACAGAAACAAAUACUUCCACAAUCCCACAGUCACUUUCAAACAAGUGUCCUUUGUGAACCUCAACUUCCCUUGCAUGUCCCUGCAGAGCCUACAAUCAGACCCACGUCCCCUAAUCAGGCACCUCCACCAGCUUUUAUCCAGCUUCCUGUGCCAUCCCACAUUCAGCUUCGUAGUCAUCCACAAUCUUGGGCUCCUGUUAGACCCCCUUCUCCUAAGCCACCAACAACUGACAGGCCUGAAACCCAAGGUCAGCAAAGUAUGACUCAGUCUCUCCCUCAACCCCAGUUGAACAAACAAUCACAGCUUUUUGCUCAUUCAGUGUGCCAACCUCAGAUCCCAGCAAAUUUGGGAGAUCAAGUUCCUGCACCACCUCAACCUGUAGCUUAUUCUCAAGCCGUUUCCCAGUCAAUUACCCAGGCUCAAACCCAUCCUCAGCAAAGAGCAAAUGUUCAAACUAAUACUUUUUCCAUUGACCAGGCUCAGAAUAUUAUUCAGUCAAUGGCUGGUCCACAUCAACCUCAGCCACCAAUUUGUCAUGAGGGCCAACAUGUAGUCAGUUAUCAAGAUCUUUCAGCUUCAGAUCCCACAACUCUCAGCCAGUCACCAGCCUUUCACCAAGGUCUUUAUUCUCCAUGCCAACUGCAAGCAUGGCCACAAGUUAGACCCUCAACCCAAAUGUCUGUUCAACAUUUUCCAGCUACAACUCAACCUUUCCUUUGCCCUGAGAUUCAUCCUCAGCCUCGGUUUUCAGCUCAGCAGUGGGCAGCAAACCAAGAGCUACAAAAUCAAGCUAUCCCUCAACAAAAGCAUCCAGUUUCACAAAUGUAUUACCAGCAAAUUGCUCAAGGUUCACAUUCUCGGGAAUAUUCAGCAGCUCAUAUUUUGCCACAGUGGCCACAGCAAACAACUCAGAUUGGCUCCCAUGCGUAUGUGGUGGAUCUAUCCAGUACUCAGCCUCAAAUUAGUCCCCAGAGAAAUACUCAAGCCUGGACUCAAACCCACCCCCAAAUAAGUUCCCAGAGUAAUGUCCAACAGAGUCCCCAGAAGAGAGCUUAUAAUAUAGCACAGAAAGAACAAGGCCUGAUUCAGCAACAGACCUGGUUUCAGCCGCAACUACAUCCCCAAACUUAUCACCAACCUCCAUCUCAGACAUAUUUACCAGCUCAGCACCUUCUCCAAAGGCAACAUCACUCUCAACCUCAGAUUCAAACUCAAAUACCUCUACCACCAUCACCACCAGACCACUCUCAGUCACAGUUCUCUACACAGUACCAAAUAUGUAAUCUUCAAGGCCAGUCCCAAACACAGACCCAGACACAGCUACAAAGUAAACCUCCUGCUAAGAAUAAUCAGCCUCCGCCUCAUCCUCUCUUUCAGGAGCUCCCUCCCCAAUCCACACACUUCCAAGUCCUGCCGCACCCAAUGAUUGAAAUCAAAGGUGUUACACCUCCCCAGCCCAAACCUCUGGGCCAGGCAGAGUUGCAUCCGGCAACUCUGUUUGAAUUGUCAGCUCAGCCAAAGGGACAAUCAUUAUCCCAAUUAAAGACAAAACCCAUAAGUGACCCCAUACCACUAAUUGCUACAUCAACAACGAUACUCAAUGUAGAAACUUUGCAAAGCAAGAAGGAGCAGACACCACAGGCCCAGGCCAAGGUUUGCUCACCAUCUGCGCCUGGUGUUGUGUCUUCCAUAGAACCUAUAGAUGAACAUCAGGUGCAUAAAAGGUCUGUGGUUCUGUCUCCACAAAAACCUGAUGUAGAAUGUACACAGCAGUCCAAUGUGGUGACAAGAACAUCAUCACAACCAACAGCUCAGUCACAGAUUCAACACAGUGUUCAAUCAGUGACUGAGCUUAAGGUGCAAUCAUUGCUAAUACCCAAACUUAAAGUCCAAUCUCCACUACAAACCCAGCAGAGUGCUCAUUCACCAAAGUUGACCAAGUGCCAAACUUCAACACAGCUCAGGGUUCAAUUACCCCCUCAGACAAGUCAACCAGUGUCAGCACUCACUUCUCAGAUUCAUGUGGGAUCUCUGGAUCUCUUCACUAAACCAUCCUCUCUAGAUCAAGCGCCUUCCCAGGCCUACACAGAGGCCUAUGUGAAGGCCCAGGCUCUGGCCAGUAAUCACUUCGAGGAGGCCAAGCAUUGCCUGCAAGCUCACAUCAUGGAAGCAAUCUCUGUCUUCAAAGACAAGCGUCUGACAGUUGAGCAAGCAUCAGUAAAAGAGGAGGCUCUGCAGACUCUUGACCCAGAGUUACUUGCGGAAUUCCUGAGAGCAGCCAAGGGCAUGGAGGCUUUCUGUACUCAGUCUCAACUCAAAGAGAUGGAAUUCUUUACUCAGUCUGUCCAGUCACAGUGGGAGGCUUGCUUCCCAGCUGACUUUGCAGAAGCCGGUCAGCACUUGGAGACCCUGAAACAGCUGUGUGGCACUCUGAGUCCUGAGGACACUCAUCACCUGGCUCAGACACAACUCCUGGAGUGUGAAAAGAGAGUUCAUCAAGGCUCUGGUGAGGUUGGGACCACACAGAAGGGAUCUAAAAAAUAUAGUGAAAAGCUUCCAGUUUCAGGAGAGGUGUCCCAGGUUAUAGUUCAGAAAACGGUUGAGAAGAAGACGGACAUUGAGAAGCAAGCAUCUGUGGAAGAGAUCGCUUUAGAAAGAUAUGAAACUUGCAAAAGAACUCUGCAAGCCCAUCUGGCUAAAAAUGAACAGAACUUUAGGGAUGUUCCUUCUGACUUAAUCUCCCUGAAAGCCCUGCAUACACGACUCCAAGAAAUACAGUUUUUGAGACAGGAGACCGAGUUACUGUGGUCUGAGUAUGCAAACCAGUGUUCCCACUUUUCCCAACUGAGAGGGGACUCUUCGCUGGAGCAAGAGAGGGCAGAGCUGCUGGCGCUCUGGCGCAGCCAACAGAUGGACCUUCAGAGGAGAGGCAGCUCACUGGGUGCUGCCCUCAGACAGAUUGAUUCAACAGAAAACCACCUGGUGGACUUUAAUGACCGCCUGGACCGCUAUCUGAGACAAUCCAAAGAUAUUACUGGCUUCAGCCUGGCCAGCACCAACAUCCUGAAAGAUAUUAAGGAGCUCCAUGACAACAUUCAUAGUGAGUUGGAUCAGUUGUCCCGACUGGACCCUGAGUCCAGUGACCUGGACCCUGGAGAAUGCUUCCGUCUGACUAGAGAAGUUGAGACACAUAAAGCCAGCCUGGAUCAGCUCCGACAGCAGGUCCAGAAGAGUGAAGCGGCAGCCCGUGCACUUGACCAAUUUCUCAUCUCACUACGCAAGGUGGAUGAUGACAUAUCUGGGGUCCAAGGUACCUCCUCCACUGAUUCUUUGGUCCUGCAGGACUGUCGCUGCAAACUGUCUCUGAUCAGACAGAGCAUUGACAGUCUGAAAGAAAAGGCACCUCAGCUGGACCUGCUUCUGCAGGGAGCAAGACUGACUGUAACUAGGGAUGGUUCGCCAGCUUCCUGUCUUGACAUGGUGGCUGUCCUGCUGAGAAGCCUGGAGGAGGCAGAGAGUGGACUGGCCAGCCAGCAGAGAGGCCUUCAGAAAGAGACUCAAAGCAAAUCUUUUGGUCUAAGGAAAAGGAUAACACUUGGAGAGCUGAGGAAGCUUCAGGAUGUGAUUGAAAAACAAGGCUUGAAAGAGCCCACCAUGCCUGCUGUGCAGCACAGGCUUCGUGCUCUGAUAGACUUGGAGGGCCAGCUACAGGUUCAACAGUCUGAGGUUCAGAGUCUCCGGGAAAUGAAAGAUCUUCAAGGUGAAGAAGAGAACCUCCUCCAUGACCUGGAAAUGCAGUGGGAAGAGACUCAGAGAGCUUUCUUUGACCGGAAGAAGCAGUGCAAUGUUCUGCUGGAGCUUCUGAAGAAGGUACAGACCUGUCGCAGCUACCUGAGCACCACUAUUCAGAAAGCUGAGCAGACCAUCAACGAUCAGGCUUCUUAUAUCGGCAAAGAAAACUUGCAGAGAAGUAUGGCAAAGGUGUGUGAUAUGAAGGAAGAGUUGGCUGGUCUUGGUGAGAAGAUAGAAGAGAUGAAAGGUGCUUGCAAGCGGCUUCAGUCAGACCUGAAGAAGUUUCCAGAUUGCACUGAUGCUCCCUUUGAAGUUGAGGCAGACACUUUGCUGGACAGCUGGCUUGAUAUAACUGAAAAGACAGAUUCCUAUAUGGAUAACCUUCGAGUGGGAUUGGAACUGUGGGAGAAGCAGCUGAUGCUUGGAGGAGAGAUAGACAACUGGGCUCGAUCUAAACUUGCCCUGCUUUCAGAAGAAAAUCCUUUCAGCAAUGAACAACAAGUUCUUGCCAUGAGAGAUGAGAUUCAAACAAAUGAGGAGAAUAUUGAACAUUUUCAUAAGAAGUCAAUUGAAAUUCAGGAGAUGCUGUUGAGUCAGGAAACUCCUUUAGAACUACAGGUGAUGGAGACCCAGCUUAGGAAGAGAAUGGAACAGGUGAAGGAGUUAUUCACUGACUGCACAGAUAUUUUUGAGGAGAUCAGAGUUGUCAGAAAGCAUCCGUCUGAGAAGAUAAAGGAGUGUCGGACAGGUGUGGAAAACAUCCAGAAUUGUCUGAGUAAAAUUGAGGCUUCGGAUGCAAAAGCAGAAGCCCAAAUACAGGACCUAGACGCAGACCUGAGUUCUCAGGAAGAGCACGUGGAAACUGUGUUGAGAGAGGUGGGCUUGAUGUCCAGUGUCCCCAGUUCACCGGUACUGGAGGAACUAUCUAAUGACUGCAGCAGUCUAAGAGAGGCCAUCAUGCAUACCAAAGACAUAAUCCACCUGAAGAGGGAGGAGAGAGACCUGUUCAAGGUCAUCAGCGAUGAAAGAGAUUUGUUUGAGGAAUGGUUCCAGGAUUUGCAGCUGUCUGUCAAUGAGUGCUUUGAGACUCCUGAGAGCAGAUCAGAUGUGGAAACAUCUUUGCAAAAACUAACUGGAUUCUUAAUGUCAGAAGAUACAGAGAGACAUCUGAGGCAGCUCAAUGAUCAGCUGGAGAGAGCUAAACAGCAAGUUUCUUCUCAGCAACUCUCAGAGUUUAUCAAUUGGCUGAAGGAGCAGCAGGAGGAAGUGGCUACAUUUAGAGCCCACUGCCAAAACAGACAGGGGCAAAUGGAGUCUCUCCUUGAUGACUUAAAUCGGCUACAGAAGCAACAUGAAAACCUCUGUGAGUGGCUGCAAGACAAAGAAAAACAAUCGGUGGUGCCAGAAAAUGUGAAACUUCUCUUCAAAGAACUUCAGGAUGAGAGUGUUAGAGGUGUAGCCCUCAGUGAGCUUUUGGCAUCAAUACGCAGGCAGGGGGUAAGAGCUGAAAACAUCCUGAAAGACGGGGACAACUUGUUACAGCGCUACAGAAAUUUGGAGACUCGGCUACAUAAACAGGCUACAGCCCAGAGUGUCCUGGACGAGGAAUACAACAGGUUCAAUUCCCAGGCAGAGAGCAUCAGAACCUGGAUUAGUGACCUUACACAACCACGGACCUCUCCUAGCAAAGACAACAACAUGGAGGAAAUGAAGCAUAAAGCACUGGCUGUCCUAAGCUCCAGACCAGAAGGCGACUCUAAAAUCAACAGUCUCCUUGGAGCAAUGGAAAAGCUGUGUGAGCAAGAGGACAUAGAUGUCAGGAGGAAACAUGAUUUUUGUUUGCUGGUUAGAGAGAUGGAGGAUCAAUGGAGGAAUGCCCUUCAGGCUGCUGAGGAGGCCUUCAAUCAGGCAGAAACAAAGGUCAGGUUAGAAAAACUGCUAGACACUUUCCAAAUCCACAAUGAAAAUUUGGAGUCCUGGAUCAAAAACCAGUGUGAUAUUUUGGCUUCUCUGGGUCCUAACAUGGAAGUUGAAGAAAAACUCAAAAUUUCAGAGGCUAUUCUGAGCUUCAGACCUUAUGGAGAGUCAAAGCUGCAUGAUUUGAGGCAACAAUACCAGAGCAUCAGUGAGAACCAGUGCUCAGAUGGGAACAAGAGGAAAGAAAUUUGUAGUGCUGUCAAACACGCUGAGGAGCAGUGGGAGAAUCUUUUACAUGAUGCUGAAGUGGCUGCAGAGCAAGCAGAGAGCCAAGCUGGCUUUGAGAGGGAGUUCAAGUCUUUCAGAACUCUGGAUGAAAGCUUCCAGUCCUGGAUGAGUGAGCUGAGCCAGAAACUAUUGAGCCUGGGUGAUCACAUGCAGUUUGAGGAGCAGUGGCAGAUUGUUCAGGAUGUCAUAAGUUUCAAAUCAGAAGGAGAAUCCAAGCUCCUUGACCUCAAAAUGCAAUCAGCCACUCUGUGCAAGCAACUGGAGAAGAGCAGGAAAGCAGAGGUGGAGCAGCUGGUGGCACACGCAGAGCAGCUCUGGGGAGCAGUUUUAGAGACAGCCCAGCAAGCUGAACUCCAAAGUAUUUUGGACGACUUUGAUUUCCAAAGAAAAAACACUGACUCCUGGAUAGGAGAAAAACAGCAGAAUCUUCAGUGUGUAUUCAGUCACACUCCAUCUGAGAAGAGAUGCCACACAGCACAGGCCAUCUUGAGUUCCAGACCUGAUGGUGACUUUAAGGUCAACAACCUAAGGAGACGAGGCCAAACUCUGUGUGACCACCAGGGUGCUGAUGAAGGACAGAAACUCCAGGCUCAGCAGACUGUUAAAGACAUGGAGAAACAGUGGCGGAAAAUCCUCCAAGUUGCUCAGCAGGUCGAAGCUGCAGCAGCAGCUGAGAUAGCUCAGGAUAUCGAAAGGAGGAUUUUGGAGAUGAGAGAAUUGGAUACCCAUCAAAGUAACACCGAUUACUGGAUUGAGGGGCUCCAACAACAAAUGGUGUCCCUGGUCAACCAAACUAAACCUGGGGACAGACUUCAUGUAGCAGAGGCCAUAAUGAGUUCCAAGGCUGAAGGUGAUUACAGAGUCCAGAAGCUCAGGAGUCUUUGUCAGAGUGUUUGUUCACAGGAUCUUGGCAAACAGAAAAAGCAAGACCUUGCGCAAAGAUUACAAGACAGUGAGGAACAGUGGGCAAGGCUGCUAAAAAAUGCUAAACAAGCAAUGAGUGAAGCUGAAAGGCAGUGUGCUCUGGAUCUUCAGAUCAGGAACUUUGAAGCCCUGAAUGAAAGCAUUGGCAACUGGCUAAAAGGAAAGCAGAAGGAUCUUAUGUCUCUGGAUAAUGAGACUGAUCUAGAACAAGUGAUAAAAACGUCUCAGAACAUCCUGAGCCUCAAGCCUGAGGGAGACUCAAAGCUGUCUGAACUGACAAGACAUAGCCAGAGUUUGUCUGAGCAGGAAGGCAGACAAGAAUUUUCAGUGUAUGCACAGCAAAAGGCCCAGAAGGCAGCACAAAACUCAGAAGAACUUUGGAGGAAAGUCCUGCAGACUGCUGAAAACACUCUGCUGAAAGCUGAGGUCCACUACUCACUCUCCAGAGAAAUGGGGGCCUUCCGAAACCAUGCAGAUAACACUAAAAGUUGGAUUGAAGGCCUGGAUAAACAAGCUGAAUGUAUGCAAGGUGGGAUGCAGGGCAGCAAGGCUCAGCUAGAGGAAAGAAUGAAAACUGCACAGGUCAUCUUGAGCUUUAAGUCAAAUGGUGAAAGUCAAGUGAUGGAGCUGAAGAGGCGAGCACAGAGUCUCUGUGACUAUGCAGGCCUGCCAGAACAUAAGAGGAUGGAGGCUCAGCAGAUUGUCCAGGAUGUAGAGAUACAGUGGAGGGCAGUUUUGCAAACUGCUGAAGAGACCCACAGUCAGCUGCAAGGUUUUAUGGACCGCCUGCUUUCUUGCAAGUUUAAUCAGGACCAGGCUGAGGCCCUACUGUCUGAGAUCCAGAAGCAGGCAUCCAGCCUUCCACAGAUAUUCACGUGGCCAGGCUUGGGAGAGCGAAGACAGGCGGUAGAGCAGGCCCAGACCCUCCUGGAGCAGAGCACAACCUUAGCCCCUGUAUUCUCAGAUGUGCGUUCGCAGGCUGAGGAGCUGUAUGAAAUCACACAAGACCAAGUUUGGAUUGAACCUUCCUGGACAGCCAUGGAGGAGGCCAUUCCUGCCCUGCUAAAACAGCUAACUGAUGUGGUAGCAAACUUGGAGCAAGGUAUUGUGAUGGAGCGGCAGUGCACUCUGCUUAUUGAACAGCAUGAAGCAGCUCAGGACUGGCUGAGAGAACAGGUUAAAGGCCUGGGACCCCCACCUACAGACAGAUCUGGCCUUUACAAUUCUGUCAACACCCUAAAGGCUUUGCUCCAGACAGUUGAUAGGGAGCAGAGAGACAUGAUGGAACUGGAUUCUGCCAAAGACUGCUUGUUGAGCCUCUGUACUCCUGGAGGUCAAGAUGCUAUCACACUGGAGGUUUGCUACCUCCAUGAACAGUGUGCCAAAUCAGAGCAUGAAGUGAGGAAGUGCCUGACAACCUGUGAGAGGCAGUUAGAGGAGAUGGACUGUGAACUGGCCCAAAUAUCCCAGGAGUUAAAGGAGAGAGCGGCUGCCCUGCAGUGGGAACUGCGCUCUCUGGACCAGGCAUUUAGUUACAGUGAACCACAGAACAACAUAGCUCAGCUUCAGCAGCACUGGCUCAGCCUUCAGAACUGUGAGAACUCACUGCUGGAUUUGGGUGUCAAAGUUCAUGACCUGUACCAAGAAGUAAAAUCUGCAACAUAUACCAACGAGUUACCUGCAGAAAUUAUCAGUUUGGUUGAAUCUUUAUGCCAGCAACAUACCAGUUUGGAGUUUAGGCUAAGUGACCACCAAGGGGCCUGUUCUACAAACACAGCUCAUUAUCUGAGGGACUCUAUUUCUAUUAUGCAACAGUGGACCCACAGCAACCCUUCAGACUUAGUUUCUUCUGUGCAGAUGGCCACAGACGAAGUUGAAAAUCUGCAACACAAUCUGCAUGAAGCACUUUCUCAUCAACAAUUUCUAACAGCCUGCCUGACACAAGACUUGUUUCAGAAGUUUAAGAAAGAGUGCUUAGAGACUCUUGAACAUGUAGAUGCACACAAAAACUCUUUAAAUCAGAGCUUGAAGGAAAUUGAACAGAGAGGCGAAGAACUGCCUGAUACUCAGUCCUUGGAUAUGUCUCAUGUAAAACUGGUGGAAACAAAGAGUACUGUUGUGGCACCACCUCGUAAGAACAAGAGUUUCCAUGAGAAGCAAAGUGCAUCCUUACCCAAAACAUCCACAUCUGUUAUGGAUGAAUUAUUGGUUCAAGUUGAGGAAAUGCAGACUCAAAUUCUGAAACCCAGUUUGAAACCAGUCUUGGAAGUUUCAAAAAGUGCUACAUGUGAAGAAAUUUCACUGAUUCCAUCCAGAAGAAAUUCAAAGUGCUUAGAGACUGAAAAAGAACUUGUCCAUACAGAGGUGGAGUCUGACAUGAGGAAAGCUACAAAAACUCACUGCAGUGUUAUUAGUAGAAGUGAGCCUGAAACCAAGUUUGAACCAAGUAACAUUGAGGCCAGGAGUCAAAUAUUACUCUCAAAAACAAGUGAUGCUAAAUUGCAACAGAACCAGGAAUAUUUUAAAAUUGCACCAUCUGGGGUUACUACUGUUGAAAAAAAUGCAAGUGUUGUGUGUCCACAGUUUGUUCAAAGGUACCCUGAUCCAACUCUUUUAAGACAAAAAGAGGUUCGACCUCCCAGACAAAAACCAAUGAGUCCAAAAUGUCCCUCUAAAUAUCUUGAACAACAAAUGGUACAAGCAGAGCUAACUGAAGUCAGCCAUGGGGAAGAAUCAAAACUUAUACCAAUCAGAAGAAAGUCAAAGACUGCCGUCCCUGCUGCAACUUGCAGGGAAGUUGCUUUUGAUAAUUGGAGUACAAAGGUUGACCCUGAAGAUAAUAAAACACUUGUCAGCUUGGAAUCUUCAGAUUUGCUCAGAGAAUCAGAAACAAAGGAAACCACUGAUGAAGAGAAAGAUAAACCUUCUCCAGCCAAAAGAAGAAUAAAAGGUCAAGAAACACCAAUAGAGCAUAUCUCCAAAACAUUGGCAGAAAGCCAUACCCAUCCAAACAGUGACAAGUCUUUACAAAGUUCUAAAGAGCAACAACGGGCUUUUGUAGAAGAAACUGAAUUUAUAUCAAGUCGUCGGAAGUUGAACCUUGAAGUUCAGUUGGAGUUAUAUUACUCUGCCAAUAUAACACCAAGUGUAGAUCCUGAUGAUACCCAGCAAGAAUCAAACUUUGCCACAGAAACCUUUAUAGACAGUCCUUUUUUGUCACCCAAAAGAAAAUCAGAGAAAACAGAACUGUGUGUUGUACAAGCCUUUGUACAGAUGGAUGAGGCUGAAAGUAAUACGUCUUUACAGUUUGAACAAAAUAAUAAUGAAUCUAUGGCUCAAGGAUCUUCAGAUCAGUUCAUAGAAUCAACUGACUCUUCUCUUAAGGACAAAGGUAAAUUUUCAUCAACUAAAUGUAUCUCAGGAACAUCAAAACCUUUGCAAGACACCAUUGCAAAACCUGUACAGGAUAAAUUAAUGUGGCCUGAAGGACAGAAUCCUUCAGAAGAAACAGAGACCAUUUUAACAGAAAUAGCAGUCAUACCGAUUAGGAGAAAAUCAACAUGUAGUGACGUUUCAGCAUCUGUCCAGCCUGCCACUAUGGGAAUCUACAAGCUGGAGUCUAACGAAACAAAAAAAGAAAUUGGAAGUGAAAAAGCUACUGAUCAAGAAGAACAUGAGCCCAUCCUAACCACAAGGUCCAACUGUCUUGUAAGUUAUCAAGAACAUUUUAGCAAGGAGAAGGCACAGGGAAUGGAAAAUGAUCAGAUCAGAUCAGGGGGAAAUGAAAGACAGGCUGAAGUACUAGUAGUGGAGUCAGUUAAGCUUAUACAAAAUAAAAGAAAGUCAGAAUGUCAAAAGCUUCCUCUAGAACACUUGACUAAUCAGGUACCAUCAAAUGAAAAGUAUGAUUCUGAGAGCUCAAUGCCACCAUACACAGAGGAAACAGAUUUUAAUUUGGCAGGAACUAAGCUUAGACAAACAAGAAAAGAUGUAACAAGGGUUGAGCCUUCAGCAGGUCCAGAGUUACUAUGUGCUACUGAUGUAGAUACAACACAUCUUAUAGAAAAGCAUAACAGCCUUAAAUUUACCACAGCAGAAAAUAACAGCAAUGACAAUGAAACUGUAGCAGAAGACAUCAGCUCAGAAAAAAAGAGUGAUUUCCAAGACCAGGAUCAACAAGAAAAGGAAAAGGUCACAGUUGAUCUAGACACAGGUGGAAGAUUACUACAGUCAUUAGAUAGUCCUUUCCACAAAGUAGAAACCUGUGCUUCAGCUCAUACUAAUGGCUCUAAGGCAGACAUUUCAUACAGUUCAAGUAUACCAUGCAAAACAUUCGACACCGGGCUGCAGGAGUCUGAGCACAAAGCCAAAGAGACUCCUCAUCAAACUAUUUCUCAAUCUUCAGAAAGAGAUUUGGACGUGGUUUCUGAAGUACAGUGCCUGCUUUCUUCUGAUACUACAGAUGUUUCCAUAGCUUUACAACCAGAGACUAUGGCUGUUGGAACUGGUGCUUUAGAGAUGAAGGAAAUAAGGAAGGAACUUAACACAGAAAGAGAUUCUUCAACUCAGCCAUCAGAUAAACUAACUACUGAUCGGGAGGAAUAUGAGUACUUUACAACCACAACAUCAAAAAGUUUCCUUGUUACCCCAGAAACUUUUUACAAGGAGGAAACACUGGUGACGAAAGCUCCUGAUCAUCAGAUAGCUGAAGCUACUAUUGAGUUGAUGUAUUUUAGAGACCAACCAGAACUAAUAGAUUCAGUUAUAAAUGAACAAAGUCCAGACAAAACUGAGUCACAGAAUCUAAGUAAUAGUGAUAAAAAUAAAACCCAAAGUAAAUGUGGAGAAGCACCUUCAAGAACACAAGAUGACAGAGAACCAUUUUCAACUGCUGUAGUGGGACUAACACAUAUUUCAUUAACCAAACAAAAGUCAGAAAGCCCCAAAAAUGUUGAUGAAAUGAAGGAAUCUGGAACAAAGACAGAAAAUGGCAAUAUAGACAACCAAACUAUUGUACAACAACACAGUGACAUAGCUGAAGAAACUAAAGUUCAGAUUCUGGAAGAUGAGACUCUACAAGGCAUGAAAGUAGCCACAGUCAUUCUUGAUACAAGGGAAAAAUGUAUGGGUAAAGCAAGUUAUCUUAGCCACGAGUUGGACACUUGUGCAUUAAGCCAUCAUGCUAAAGAGAAUGAGGAAGACAUUUCAGCCAUUCCAUUAAAGUCAUGUCAGGAGUCUGAGCAUAGAGGCAGAGGUUGUCCACAACAAACAAUUGCCCAGUCUUCAGAAAGAGAUCUGGACACUGCUUUCAAAGUGCAACUCUCUUUUUCCUCUGAAUCUUUAGAUCCACCUAUUACAGAUAAUUACAUAUUAAAUUUGUGGAAAAACACAGAGAAAAUUGAGAAGAGAUAUUUGAUUCUUGAUGUGCCUGCAGCCGCAUUAAGUCAGAUAAGUGAGAUAGAGCUAAAUCAACCCGAUGCAGAGUCUCAAGGCAAAAAUAUUUCCAACAGACAUAGCUCUGCUGUUUCUACACUUGCUUUGUCUCAAGAAGAAAGGACUGAGCUCACAGAAAUACACUUAAUAGAGAAUGACAAUUUUAAACUGAGAGGAACUGUGAGUGAGCAAAAAGAGUCUGAGCAUAAUGCAUCACAGGAAAUAUGUGAGAAGCUUAAGGAAAGUUCUGUGCACAAAGUCAAAGAGAUCAUGGAAGAAAGGUUUGCUCAGAAGGAACCUGACUGCAUUCUAGAUCUAGAUAUCACUAGUAGUCCUGAGGUCACUGACAACACAUGUGUCACAGGAGAUAAGACAGUUGAGGAGCCUGUUGAAAGCAUUAUCCAGGAAGAUAUUAUUGAGAAAACCUCAGCUGAAAUCAAGGCUCCUGGUUUGGAAGCAGCAAUGGUACACAUGACAGAACCUAUAGAAAUAAGCUUUUAUGAGCAAGACCAAAUACAUCAGAUUGAGACUAGACUGGCAAAGGAAUGUAGUAUUCCAGUUAAACGUCCCACUCUUCUAACACAUAAGGGUGAUGCAGAAUCUGUCACCUUAGAGAGAUCUCAAAUACUGACCAAAGUCUGUAUUCUACAGCUAGAUAUGCAGAGCAGCCAAGAAGAGAGUGAUCCCACCUCUAAGGAAGAAGAAAAAGAGACAGUCAUAGAUACUGAUCAAACACAUAACCAGUCUGAAACAUAUAUAGUUUCUCUCAACCCAGAGGAAGCUACAUCUACAAUGAGUGAGAUAGAUCAAGCCAGUAGUAGCCAAAUUGUAGGUAGUGUCGGUCAAGCUAGCUCUGUUCAACUCGCUUCUUUUGGUUAUGAGUCAGUACACCCACAGGAAACAAGAGUCAUUGAAAUAUGCUUAAAUGACAAAGACAUAGGUCACAGAGAAAAAGAGACAAAGAUAGAACUUUUGAGUACAGAAAAUGAAAAGGCUGGGCCUGGCAAAAGACAUAGUUUCAUGAAAGAUCAUCCUGAAAUGGCAACUGAAACACCAAAUUAUUUUUCUAACAGCCUUGGAGAAAAAUCCGAAGAGUCAGAGAAAACUCACAAGGAACCUGAAGAACAAGAAGCCCAACAAGCCAGUGCUAAUGGGCAGGAAAACGUGUUUGUCAAAGUAGAGGAGCCAGAACUAGAUGGAAUAAGAGCGGAAUCACAACAAACUGACUCCAAUGUGUCUCAGGAUGACUCCUCACAACCAUUGUCUUCAUGUGAUGCGGACACUGUACUUGAUGACAAAACGACCUCUGAACAAGGUCAUUUCAAUACAGAAGUAAUGAAUAGGCAAGACAUCUGGAGAACCGUAGAGGAAAGACGUGGGGAUCUGUCCCAGAAACUGAAUGACAACUCUAUUACAGAAAAAGGAAAACGGUUGUUGAUUUUACAACCAGAUACUAAGGUGCAAAAAACCACAUCAGUGGUUACAAUCGCAAAGAUGCCAAAGACUGAUCCAAAUGAAACAUGCAUACAGGGCCAUCGAGGAAUAGGAAAGCAAAACCUAAUUUCUGUAGAUGUUUACCCUGAAGAGAUGUUAAUGGUAGAUUUAAAACGGCAAGUAUCUUUUGAUGCAAAGAAACCUGAAAUAGAUAAUGAAAAAAUUCAAGAUUACAAGCAGCUAGAAUCUGGGAAUGGUGCAUUACCUGAGGUAGAUAAAGAUCCCAGUGUUGCAGAACAACCAUCUAAACUGGUAAUACAUGACACUGAUGUUGGACCAGAGACCUUUUAUAAGAACUUUAUUGAAAAUACAGAAAUUUUUGUGAGCCCUUUUGAAGUCCGAAUUGCAGACACUGAAAAGCAGCUAGGAAUGGUGCCGUGCAUAAAGACUGACUCAAUAAAAGAAAGCCAAGAUGCAGCAAUAGCAAAGGUUCAACAAGGGUUUGAAAGAAUUAAAGAAACUGUUCAAGAAACCUUUACAGAGCGGUUCAUGUCUCAACUUAGCUUGGUCCAAACGUAUAAACACUCAACAGAUGCAAAAGAAAAGAUUGGUGAACAAGUGACAGAGACUGAAGAAAGUACAGUCAGUGCAGAUCUACAGCUUCAAACUCUUGAUGAUGAAGUAAAGCUUCAGACUGUGAACUUGCCAAAGAUUGGUUCCAGUGCUGAGGAAAAGCUGACAGAAUCACUGGGGGUUGAGAAAUUCUCAUCUGAUAUUGGCGCAGUAACCCAUCGGGAAGAACUGGCUGCUCAGGAACAUGGAACAAGGCUUACUAACAAACCAGAUCUGAAAGAAUCAGAGAGUACCACUGUAGAUAAGAUUUUCACAGAGAUACAGCAACUCUCAGACACCAAAAUCAUCACUCAGCUCAUAGAGGUUGAACUGCGCAAGAACGAACCAGAGGAUCUGAUCAUACCCACCAGUCAUUUGGAUUUGCAGCAAAGCAGACUAGCAUCUACUGUUUUUCACAUUAAGAACAGUCCCACUGAGCUUUACCCAAAAGCCAUGGCCCUGCAAGUGGAGGAGGUUCAGCAAGGGUUACAGCUUGCACAGCUUCAGAUGUCACUGAUCCCCAAGCUGAGAAAAGCAAAUGCUGGGAUAAAGGACAUUUUGGAUCAGGAGGAUCAGUGGGGCACUAUGGCUCAAGAUGCAGCUGCUGUUAUCCAGAUUAAACAGGCCCAGUUGCAACUUGUCACUGAUUACUGCAAGCAAAGAGAAAUGGUAAAAAUGAUGAUGGAUCAGCUCACUGCAGAACUACGAAUCAUGAAAAUAUCUCCACAGGAGAGCAGUUUCAAGGAGGUAGAGCGACUAUGCUGCUUCCAGAGACGUGUGGAGGAGAACCAAGUGACACUUGGGGAGCUGCUUAUGACACAUGCAAAGAUUUGUCUCCAUCUUAAUAGAUCGGAUCAGGAAACUGCACAGAUUGAGCAAAAUAUUCUGCUAGAAACGUGGAGGGCUCUGGAAACAACUGUUGAAAACCACCUUCAUCAUGCAAAUGUCCAUUCUCAUUACAUCAAGACUCUUCUAACAAAUCUGCAUAGUCUGCAGGAACAUGUAAAUCUACUCUGGAGCGACCUUACAGCCAAGCGUUCCCUACCUAUUAAGUGGUGUUGCAAGGAGGCACAAAUCCUGAUGGAAGCAAAUGCUGAAGUUAAAGCAGCCAAGCAGCAAUACUUCCAUUUACAGCAACUAUCAGAAGAAUUACUACACAGCUCCCAAUGGAAGAGAGAAUCAGAGGAGAUAAACAACAAGCUCAAGGAGAUUAAAAAUGAGCUUUGUCUCGCAGAUGAACUGUUGUUAUCUCAAACAAAAAACAGCAGCAACCCCAUCAUGGAGAAAAUUAUCACAGUAAUUAGAGAUGGCCUUGCAUGGGCCAAGCAAAUGGAGAUUGGCAUUGAGGGCAGAAGAAAGUGGGUGCAUCUUCUUCCUGAAGAGGUUCACCGGCAGCUCAGAGAUCUAAAGAAGCUUCAGUCUGAAGUAAUGGCCAAACAGGGUCAACUGGAGUCAUUGGUGGAGGAGGUGACAGAGCUGCUUCCACAGCUGGAUCAGGCUCAGGAGGUACCAUUUGUACAUAUUUCUCUAGAACGCCUUGAAGAAUUGUCAAAGUUCACCACUGACAAGCUGUCCAAAGCUAUAAAAGAGUUAGAGUUUGGGCUCCAGAUGAGAGAAAAGUUAUCUGAGCAGAUGGCUGAUUUAGACUCUUGGAUUGUUGUCUACCUACAGACAGAGGUAUCAAGGUGUGCAAAAAGUGAACCUAUAAGUUACAGUGAUUUGGAUCAUAAAGUUUGCCAGGUCCAAGAACGCCUAGCUGAGGGAAAAAGACAGGCAGUAAUCUGUGAGGCUCUUUUAAUGAAGAGUAAAGACAUUGCAGUAGAACUCAGUGUAACAGAGAACUGUCAGCUUUUUGACAAGAUUAGAAAGCUCCAGGAAGAGAUCAAUACCAUAAUCAACCACGAGAAGGCCCAAAAAGUGGAGAUGGAUCAACUCAUCAAGACUGUACAAUCAAGAAAGAAAACCUUUGUCAGUAUUGAAAAGAGCUUGAGGCAAAUGUCAGUCGAGAUGAGCAGACUGAGGUUUCCGAUAAAAAAGGAGGCCUUGCAACUCUUAAAACCUCUAAAACUCCUCCUUCUGGAGCACAAAUCACAGGUUGACUGUCUGAUACCAUGGACUCCUCAAGAGCAGUUGAAGGAAAUAAAUUAUGUCAUUUCUGAACUUCAAAAUAAAAUUGCAUCGCUUGAAAUGAAAUCCAGGGAUCAUGAGAAUUACCUGAACAUCAAGCAGGGAUUGGGGAUUCUGAAAGAGAACCUUCAGCAUCAAAUUUAUUUGACCAGAGAGAAUAGCAUGGACCUGGUAAAGAAGUACAAAAUAUGCCACAGCCUCCUCAUCCAAUUUUCUUUAAUGAAAGGAUUGCAUAAACAGGCUAGCUACAAUCUUGAGUUGAUCUCUGCAGACCUGUUUCCCUCACAGCUGACUGUGGAGCAGCAGGGGCUUAAAGAAACUGAGGACAUCAUUGAUACUUGGGAAAUUACUGUCUUCAAUAAUCUCAGUCUCAUUGAAUUGAGUGUGCUCAAAGAAUUGGACCUUGAAUCAAUGAGGAACUCUACUCAGGAUUUUCUCUCAAAAACCCUCAGAGAGCUUCAGAGCACCUCUUUGUUGAAGCCCAACCAAGUGACAAUUGACAGGGAAUACCAGCGAGUUCUGUCUGUAAAGAAGGUAGUAGAGUUACAAAUGAGAGCAUUUCAAGUGUUAGAGCAAAAGAAGGGAAGCACAAAAAGGAGACAAUAUGAUAAGUUGAUGGACUUGAAGAAUUCCAUCCUGAAUGAAUGUGACUCAAAAAUGGAGGAUAUGUUGAGGGCAAGAGAUUGCCUGAGAAGCUACACCCUUGCUGCCAAUAAAGCCUUCCAGUUUCUGCAGGACAUGGAGGUCUCUCUGCUGCCUCUCCAGGGUUCUACUGGACCAUGUUGUGAAAGGAUAAAAGAGACACAGCAUGCUUUGGCAUCUCUUCAGCAUCAGUUUCAGGCCUACAUUGAGGAACUUCAAAAGCAGGCUGUUGUGUUGACUAGCUUAUCUUCACAGAGGGUAGGACAGCUCCAGGAAAGGAUCCUGAGUCAACUCCUAGUUCGAAUUUCAACACUCCUGGCACAAGGACACAUGCAACUAGAAAAUCUGCACAGGUGUGCAGAGCAGCACAGAAGCCACACAAAGUCUCAAGAUGAAAUCCUUAAGAGAGUUGCUCAUUCAGCAGACAGACUCCUGCAGCAGAUGUCUCAGAAAGUCACUUGCCUUGAUGACUGCACUGACCAGGAAGAAAGGCUCACAGCACUGUCUGAAGAGAUGGAGUCCAUCAUGAAGUGUCUGAAAAACAUGAGGGAGUGGUGCUCAGAAAUGAGCUGCCGUGAAGGCCGGGAGGCAGCUGUGACCACCACCUGGAGAUGGGUAUCAAGAUUACAUCGCUGCGUGCACAAGUUGACAGCACGCAGUAAACAGAGAAUCGCAGAGUGGCUCGAGAUUGCCAACAGUGUGGAGAGAGCCUCAGCUGUUUUGAAGAAGGUGGAGGCAGAGCUUCCUGAUGCAUCUGAGACUAAGGUAUCCACUGAGGAGCUCCAGGAGCUGCUGCAGUCUUGGGAACAGUACCAGGAAAGGCUGGACUGUGAACAUCGAGCCCUGUCUGCUCUGGAACUACGCACAGCCAGGUUGUUGGGUGUCCCCGCCCAUCUGGAGCAGGCUCCACCCCUUCCACUCUGUCAGCGCCUGCAGUUGAUGCAGGGCCAAUAUAGCAGUGUGAGACAGAAGAGCAAGGAGGGUUUUCUUGCAGCCAGGCUGGAGAUGGAUGAGAGAGACAAGAUCCAAGAGGAGCUGCAGGUUAUCCAUGUGUGGCUCGAGGAUGCAGAGAGUCUGCUGUCAAAGAUGGAGCAGAGUAGCAGCACACACAAGCUACAGGAGUUGUACAGACAACUGUGUGCCCACAAGACUUUAUUGCAACACAUUAUGGAGAACCUUAAAAUGAAAUAUACUGUGGUCCCUGUUGAGAUUGACAGCCAGAUGCAGAAAGUCACUAAAUCACUGCACUACGUGGAAGAAAAGGUACACCAAAUGUCUGAAAUUAUUCAAAGUUGAGAAAUUGUUGGCCCUUGUGUGUUAUUUGGUACCAUUAAUAGUAUAUAUUUUCAACACAAUAGUCUUAGACUAUAAAUGGUUAACGUCGUACAGUUGUUCAUCUAUCAGUCUGUCCAUUUGUCCAUGGUAGUUGAUUUUAGGUAGGGUUAAGACUGGCACUCUCUAAGUCAGAGGUCGGCAACCCAACAUGUUGAAAGAGUCAUAUUGGACCAAAAAAGCCAAUCUGUCUGGAGCCGUAAAAAAUUAAAAGCCUUAUAUGGGGCUUAUAAUGAAGGCAACACAGGCUUUAAGUGUUUAUAUUAGCUAUUUUAGCCUAUUAUCAAAACAACUAAGUGCGUAGAUUCAGAUUCAAAUUCAUUUUAUUCGUAUCCCAAUUUGGGCAAUUAGUAUUGCAGCAAAUACAGAAGACUAUUUGCCUUCUGUAUCAAAGAUUAAAAAAAAAAAAAAAUAAAAAUACUAUAAGCACAUAAAAUACAGAUCAACACAUAAAGGGAAGAAUACAGCAGUGUAUUUCAUUAUUGGCCAACAGUUGCUACACUAUAUCAGGUGCAAGUCCCCCUACCUUGUCCUGCAUUAAAAAGAGAUAUUGCUGUAGGAACAAAGGAGUGCUUGUACCUGUUACUUCUUAUACAAGGAAGUCUGAGCCUGAUGCCAGAAGGCAGAAACUGGAAAUCAGCAUGUAAGGGAUGAGAAGUAUCAGCAAUAAUGUCUUUAGUUUUCCUAAUGAUUUGUUUUUUACACAGUUCUGUAAGUGAGAAUUGUUCAACCCCUAAGAUCUUAUUGCUAGUAUGUAUUACUCUGGUAAGGGCAUUUUUUGGUCUAAUACUGAGAUUUCCAAACCAACAGAAGAGGGAAAAGGUCAAUACAGAUUCAAUAUAUGAGUAUGUUGGCCAUGCAGGAACUAGGAUGUUUUCAGCUUCCAGGAAUUGUGAUGAGAUCCUUACAACAUGGGGUUGUACAUUGUCAUGCUACAACACGAAGUGAUAGUCAUGGAUGAAAGGCACAGCAGUGGGCCUGCAUGCUGGUGUUCCCGCUAAAGUCUUUUUUGCCACUAUUUUCCCUUUACAACAAUCAUACAAUAUCCUGCACUGUGUGGUGUGUUACAUGGUGGUGUGUUGAAUAUGCCCGAUUUUAGAUCGGGUAUUCAACAUUGUCUUGGCCGGUAAUUGCAACCUCGGGUUUUUUCCCUGACUGGGAGCGAGAAUGCAGCCUGUUGAAUGUGACAGGUAGCCAAUCAGAAAGCGCGGUGACGUAAGCACGGAGGGGAAUCCCAAUCAGUGGACAUGGCGCAACUAUGUAGAAAUGUUUAUU